AUGGCGGGCUCUGAAGAAUCUGCUGCUCCUCCGGCCAAGCGUCCGCACUCCGCCAUUGAUGCCGACGAUGGCGACGAUUCUUCCUCCGACGAUGACUUUGGCCCUGCGCUACCCUCCGAGGUCGCGCCGAAGAAGAAGCGCCGCAAGCUCCCGUUCGAAAAGAUCUACAUCAAGGCGCUACCCGCGUCGCCUCGCUAUUCCAAGUCCCUCAUGCACAAGGAGCAAUUGUCCUUCGUGAACGUCACCCCAGUGACCGACUUUGUUAUCACCAGCUCUAUCGAUGGGGUAGUCAAGUUUUGGAAGAAGAUGGCCGAAAGUAUCGAGUUCGUCAAGGAGUUUCGCGCCCAUCCAGGAGAGAUCCACAGCACCAGUGUCAGUGCAGAUGGUCGCAGCUUUGCGACAGUUGGAGCCGAUAAGACGGUGAAGAUCUUUGAUGUCAUCACAUUUGAUCUACUUGCUAUGUAUACCCUAGAAUUCGUGCCCCGUUGCGUUUGCUGGGUUCAUCGCCGAGGAGCGUCCUUACCGCUACUGGCGGUGACAGAUCAGUCCAGCAACACCAUUCAAGUCUUUGACGGGCGAGGAGAGAACCCGGAGCCCUUGCACACGGUAAAGUCGGUCCAUCGGAGCCCAGUAGUUUCAUUGGCGUUCAACAAUGCGUAUGACUGUGUCAUCUCUGCCGACGAGUCUGGAAUGAUUGAAUACUGGAGAGCCGGGGAUGGAUCGUUUGAAAAGCCGGACAAUGUGUUCGAACUCAAAUCCUCGACGAAUUUGUUCGCUUUCAAGAAAGCUAAAUCGACCGCCACUGCCAUUACCAUCUCGCCUUCAGGCGAGCAGUUCGCCACGGUAUCUUUCCCAGAUCGCCAGGUACGCGUGUUUGAAUUCGCAAAGGGCAAGUUGUAUCGCACAUAUGACGAGUCAAUAGCUACUCUUAUGGAGAUGCAACAGGCUGGGACAGCUCCGUACCAGCUGGAUGAAUUGGAAUUUGGAAGGCGGUUAGGAGUCGAACGAGAGUUGGAGGGGGAGUCGAUCCGUAACAAGGUUAAUGUCUCGUUUGACGAGUCAGGUCACUUUUUGCUUUACGGAUCUCUCUACGGAACCAAGUGCAUCAACACCUAUACAAAUCGUGUGGUCCGUGUGUACGGCCGUGAUGAGCCAUUCCGUGCUCUGAAUUUGGCCUUGUACCAGGGUCAGCCCCAACGCAAAGGUGUUGUAACCGUCUCCAUGGCGGCCAGUAACAAUCCAUUGCUGCAGGAAGCGGAGGAGCGAGAUGCUAUUCUAAUCAGCACAGGAUUUGGCAAGGUGCGCUUCUACAUGUUCACCAAUGAGACCGACAUAUCCAAGUCAUCCCGAGACGUGCAGAAUGAGAAGCCCACGCAGGCUGCCGGUGGCGCCGAUUCCGUUACCAAGGCGAGCGAAACCGGCACGGCCGCCGUUCUCCACACGACUAUGGGUGAUAUUCACCUUCGUCUAUUCCCCUCCGCUGCACCACGGACAGUGGAGAAUUUUGUCACCCAUGCCCGGCAAGGGUACUACAACAACACCAUCUUCCACCGUGUUAUCCGCAAGUUUAUGAUCCAAGGAGGUGAUCCGCAAGGCGAUGGUACCGGCGGAGAGUCCAUCUGGGGCGGGGAGUUUGCAGAUGAGUUCUCCACUUUACGACACGACAAACCAUACACGCUGUCCAUGGCCAAUGCGGGACCGAACUCCAAUGGUAGCCAGUUCUUCAUCACGACUGAGAAGACUCCUUGGUUGGACAACAAGCACACCAUCUUCGGCCGGGCUGUGCAGGGAUUGGACGUGGUGCACAAGAUUGAGAAUGUCAAGACCUACAAGGAGAAGCCCGAGGUUGAUGUGAAGAUUGUCAGCAUCAGCAUUUCCUGA